UCGAGUCACAUGGACUCGGCACCACAGCCGCCACCUCCGCCGUGUCCUGUGCGGCCGGCGGCCCUCAAGUCGGAGGAGAAACCAAAGCAACCCGUGUUCGACGGUAUAGGUGGUCUGCGAAAGGCGAGGCAGUGGAGUCUUUUUGAGAACUUGGACGACAGCGCCAUGGACUUCAAGACCCCGACGGCCAAGAUGCGAUUGCUGGAUGCAUUCCGAUACCACAAACCCACAGCUGAAGAGCAACUCCAGUACAACUUGCCAGGGAGCUUAGAACGCCUCAGCAUGCACAAACUCAAUGACGUCAUGUCUGUGUGCCUUGCACGCAAAGGCAAGCGGUUCACGAGUUCUCAAAUCCAGUCGCUGAGCCUUCUUCUCACCGAGUUGAGUGGGGUAUUUGACUCUGUGGACAUUGCAUUCAAAUCGUUGUCGCCUGGCGUACUUCGAUACAAGCCACCGGUCGACGGGUCGAUCUCGACUCUUGUCAGUGGCAGCGACUUGGAGAUACACAACGCCGCACUUGCCUUCCACACCCUUUGCAACACAUACAUCGCACUGUUCCGUCGACUGAAGGAUCUCGUUAUCGACAUCCGCGCGCACUCCGUCGUCGCCACGGGCCUGGUUGAAGUGCCCAAUGCACAAGACUCGGAUGACUCAGAAUUCGACGCUAAAGCCAAGGCGCCAUUUCCAACGUUCCUCUUUGUCCUCAUUCAAAAGUACCGCCGCGAGAGAGCCGACUUCGCCAUCCAUGACCCCAAGUCGCCCUCGACACCGCCCCUUCCGACACACCCGUGGUGGCCCACAGAUUCCCAUCCUCCGUUGGACUCAUUAGCACAGUUUGCGCUGUUCCUUGCAGCAGUACUUGUUCAACGAGUUCCGUUCCUCAAGGUUGAACUAGAAGGCAUGGUCGUGCUCCUCCAAGUUCUGAAGGUGGAACACACUGCCAUGGAGGACUCGUUGCACGUACACCUCCACGGCCCCCAGAAGUCAAACUACGUCCUUAGUCGCAGCAUCUUUGAGUUCCUCAGCACCGUGCGCGAACUGCGAUCAAUUCCAAAGCGAAAAGAACUCCUUGAGAACCCACGUCGAGGCCAGAAGAAGCUGCGGCGAAAUCCGACACCAAAUUGUUCAAACGACAAGUGAUUAUGUGAACAUCGUACUGCGUGAAGGUCGUUUGUCUUCCUUUCCCAUUGUCCUGAACAUCGAUGUCCUUCCAAGGGUAUCGCCGAGGGUUACCCACCCAUGAAGUCUGAUGUCAGAAUGCGCACUGAUGGUUUGGAAUUGCUCGCUGCUCAUGACACAACUCCAUCAUGAAAGCGAUUUCAAGAUUCAUCCACGUCACUUUCCGCGU